UUUAUAUGUCUUCCAGUAAAAGGUAAAAGUAAAGGUUCCCCUUAUGCAUAUGUGCUAGUCAUUCCCAACUCUAGGGGGCGGUGCUCAUCUCCGUUUCAAAACCGAAGAACCAGCGCUGUGCGAAGAUGUCUCCGUGGUCGUGGGAGGCAUGACUAAACGCCAAAGGCACAUGGAACGCUGUUACCUUCCCACCAAAGAAUGUUCCUGGUUCAUGCUUUCUCCCAUGCUGUAAUACUAGCCAUUAUAAUCACUGUGAUGGCAGAAGAAAAGACGUGUGACCUUCUUGGGGAACGGGAACAAGAAUCCUCAAAAGAACUAGCAUUGAUGAACAGACUGAAGCCACUUUUCAAUCAAAGUUUUGAAACAGAAAGCAAGAAUGAUGAGGGCCACUACAUUUACAGACUGAGGAUAUGUCGGGAAGUCUUCAGCAAUAUGACCAAUUCUGGCCUGGUGCAGAUCAGUAAGAUAAACAACAAACAAAAAGUAAUAGGACGAAUCAAUGAGACCCAUCUUGCAAAUGGAACUAGCUGGAUUAUGCUGAUAUAUCAGAGUGGCGAUCCCUAUGAUAGACAUUGUACACAGGAAGACAGGAAAGCUUUAGUAAUGAUUAUCUGCAACCGAACAACAUUAGCAACUGGCUUCACCAUGGUGGCAGAAGAGAAGGAGAAGAUAAAGCAAUGUUCCUAUGUUUUUGAGUUAGAGAGCAGCUUGGCUUGUCCUCCGGAAGAAUUGCACCAAAAUGUGCACCAUCACCUCAGUAUUGGCUCUAUACUGCUAAUCACAUUUUCCUCACUGAUUGCAGUAUACAUUAUUGGAGGAUUCCUCUACCAGCGUCUGAUAGUAGGAGCAAAGGGCAUGGAACAGUUUCCCCAUUUUGCUUUCUGGCAAGAUCUUGGCAAUCUAGUAGCUGAUGGCUGUGAUUUCAUGUGCCGUUCUAAACCACAGAAUGUACCAGCUGCAUAUCGUGGUGUUGGUGAUGACCAGCUUGGAGAGGAAUCAGAAGAGCAAGAUGACCACUUGCUGCCCAUGUGAUAUGCACCUUUUAUUUGUGUACAGUUCUUACACAAAUGACAUCCACUCAGUUUUCCUCUCAUCUAAUUGUCCUUUUAAGCCACUUGCUUUCACUUUUAAAUACCCACACUAUUUUUCAUAUUUGUGAUACAAAUAAAUUCUGUGCAAGGUUUAUGAACAUAAAGCUGUACUAAGGAGUUUUGGACUGAUUGCUCAGAACCAUUUUCCAAAAGGGAAGGGUCGUGUGACAGUUUGAAGAUACACAGAAAAGAAGUAAUCCAUGGAAGAGGAAAUGAUCUGAAGUAAUACUAAAAGGUUUUGAGCUACAGUGACUGAAUGUACUUGCAUAUUUCCUACAGGCUUUACUCUUCAAAAACACUGGAUUCUGAUUUUCAAUUAUGCAGUUACAUAAUUUUUUUAUAAUCUGUGGAGAGACAGUAGACCAAAUGGAAAUACCUAUAUUUUCUUAACAAAGGAAAAUAGUCCGUUAAGGGGAGGGGGAAAUGUUAGCUAGAAAGGAUACUGUCAGCAACAUAUUUAAAUGGUCUAAAUUUAAAUGGCAAUAUUUUAAAACAUUUAAAAGGGCAGACUUUUAAUAACUAACCCUGCUGUUUUAAACACAAAAGCUGGUCUUUCAUUUUCAUUACAAAUAGGACAGUGCCAGCAGUUGCAAAUUAUAUAAAAUACAGAGUCCAACAGUGAAAAAGAUUUUUAACCAAAAAAGAUAGGGUAGGAAACCUCAAAAUCUCUGUGGACAAUGUUUUUCUGGUUCUGUUCAAACUAUUUUAGUGUUUGGACUGAAUAUUUUUAAAACUGGUGAAUGUUAAUGCUUAUAUUUCUGCUUAUAAGUAUGAAUAGUGUCAAAUCUGAUCUGUUCCUAUAUAUGCUUUUUUUUUUUAAAGAUAGAAUGUGACAGGUCUGUUUGCUUCAGGGAUUUGCUUCCUUUUCUUUGGUGCAUGUUGUACUAUUUCUUAAUGACAAUUCUCUAAAUUGCAUUUAAAAUGCAAUUAGGACUCCUGAAUUCACUUGAACUUGCUGGGAAUAUUAGCUUUUGGGGAAGUGAGGGGAAAUAAAUAGUUACAUCUUUACUUGGUCUCUUCCUAGUGGAAUUGAUGGAUCUAAUUGGGAGUAAAUCUCCAGGUAUAUCUAUAGGUUAUAUCUAUUCUUACUCCUUUUAUGAAGAAGUACUGUAGCUGAGAUAAGAUUUGAGACAUAGUAUAGCCCUCUUUGCCAGGCUCUCUUAUAAGAGAAAAGAAAUGGACCAUUACUUAUGUUAUUUUUUCAUAGUAAAGUUUAAAAGAUUUUGUAUAAAAGAGAUGCAAUUUUAACAUUAAAAAUGACUUGAAAUUUCAAAA